AGAAAACACAAGUGGGAUACUUAAUUAGCUUUCUAACCCUGCUUGUCUCAAAUUUUAUUUGCCUCUUUGAUUAUUCAAAUGAGUGACUGAUGAGAGAGAUAUGAGAUAUAGAUUCAUCUCUCCAGUACUUGACUACUUGGUGCAUCAAGGGAAAUAUUUUGCAUGUCACGUAGACUAAGUUGCAUAACCAUAUGAUAGACGAUUACACAAGAAGGACGAAACAAAAAAAAAACAGAGAACGGCGUCGUUUUUAGGCGAACUGAGAAGUCUAAAACCCUAAUGUAAAAAUUCCAAAUCUGAUCUUUUUUUCUUCUCUGUAAUUCACUCUCUAGUCGGAAGGAAGAAGAGGAAGAUCUCGAAAUGCCUCUGUACGACUGUAUGCUUCUGUUCAAGCCGAUCAUACGGAAGGAAGGUCUGAUCGAGCUCGUUGCGCGCAUAGGGAAACACGUGUACAGCAGAAAUGGAGUACUCACGGAGGUCAAAUCCUUCGGCAAGGUCGAAUUGGGUUACGGCAUUAGAAAGCUCGACGGCAGACACUAUCAGGGACAAUUGAUGCAGAUAACAAUGAUGGCAACACCAAACAUGAACAAGGAGCUUCACUACCUCAACAAGGAAGACAAACUCCUGCGCUGGCUCCUCGUUAAACACCGCGACAUCAAGAUCGGAGCAUCUGAAAUGGAAGAUCGUCAGGACGAGUCUAGCAGAGUUACUAAUAGUAGGAGCUUGUAUGAUGAAUCCUCGACGGACGAAGAAGACGAUAUCUUAGGCUUAAGGCGAUGAGGAGAAGCAAGAAGUCGUUUACUCUCGGACCAGAGAGAGUGUCCUUCAUCUUUGUCUUGUGGUUAUUGGCUGAUAAACGCCACUUGUAUUGACACGUCAUCUUUGCAUGGGCAGAGCGUGUCUCUGUUUUUAGAACUUGAUUUUUCGUUAUUUUUAUUUUAAUUAUUAAAAAUAGAGGUGAUCGUUGGUGAUAAACAUGAACAAAACACUUGUUGUUGUUCUA